GCUCCCAGCUCAGUCCCAGGCACAGCGCAGCGUCAUGAAGUGUCCUCCGGACACCCGCUCCGGUCACAGCCCUGCCUGGAAGAAGCUGCUUCUAAUAGGCACCCUGCUCGCCUGCAGCACCUGUUCUGCAUCCCUGGAGCUGCCCCUGGCAGAGGGAGGCGGUGGCCGCCCGCCUGUCCCCGGGAGCCCCGAUGGCCUCCGCACCGCUUCACGGUUCCCAGGGCGCGAGGCCCAGCCGGCAGCCGUGGUCUCUCCCGAGGGCCUCCGAGGACCGGCUCACAUGGGCAGGGAGUGGCUGGGCUCCCGGGGCCCCCUGCUCAUCACCAAUGUGACAGAUGCGGACAGCGAUGCCACGGUGCUGGGAACCAGCAGGGGACAGGGACGCUCCAACAACAGCCCCAGGCAAGUGCAGCUGUGGACAUCCCCCAGCACCGUCCGGGGCGUCAUCUACAGCGACCUCAACUUCUCGGUGAUCAUGGCAUGGACGGUCACAAUGGACCCCGAGCCCGAGCUGACCUGGACCCUCGACGGGAGGCUCUGUGGCACCGGAGAGAAGCUGUUCAUCCGGCGACUGUCCCGGGAGCUGCUGGGCACCUACGUGUGCACGGGCAGGAACAGCCAGCAGCUGCUGUCCUCCUACCCUGUGACAGUCUCGCUGCCACCUGAGCCACAAGUCGACGUGGAGCCCACUCCUGCGUGGCCCGUUCGGCACAACCCCGGCCUGACCCUGACAGGGGCAUCUGCCAUCGGGCUCAUCGUGGCGGCCAGCGUGGGCGGUGCGACGCUGCUCGCCCUCGCGGUCUUCUUCUGCAGGAAGAACCUAUGCACUGACUGACAGAGGUGAUGAGCGUGCAGCUGGCCCGUGACCUCGGGGAGGUGAAAGGAAAUCCUGGCUCGGGGAACAGGACAAGCUCCUGAGCAGGGGGUCCUCGGGGACCUCCUCCCUCCUGGUUCCCUGAUGAUUUGCCGAGAGCCCAGGACUGCUCCUCUCUGUCCUGCCAACUGCCCGGGCCCCGACCGUCCAGCUCACCAAGCCCUUGAAAGCUACCUAAGCAGGCCGUCUGUGUUUCUUCCACAUUUGGAGCUGCAAGUAAAAGAAACUCACUAACAGAACCCCCCAAAACAGGGGGGGAUGCCAGAUACUGUGGCCUGUCAUCCCAGCGGCUCAGGAGGCUGAGGCAGGAGGAUCACAAGUUCAAAGCC